AUGAGUGUUGUAACUGACUUUAACGACAACACAAUGGUAGGUUAUGGAUAUUGCCAUGGAACAGUAAGAGCAGGAAGACGCUGCAGCACAGCAAAAGCAUUUCUCGAGCCAGCGAGGAGACGAACGAAUCUACAUAUAAAGCAGAGAGCUUUGGUAACCAGGGUACUGAUAGACGUCAACACCAAGGCCGCCUACGGCGUGCAAUAUCUGGAGCACGGUAGAACGAAAGUAGUCAGAGCAUCUCGUGAAAUCAUUCUGUCUGCUGGGGCGUUCGGUUCACCAAAGAUACUUAUGCACUCUGGAGUUGGAAGGCAGGAAAUUUUAAAGCCGUUGGGGAUCUCCGUUAUCCAGAACUCUAGCGUUGGCUGUAACUACCACGAUCACAUUCUCUACGAGGGCCUCGCGUAUGUCUUCGACUGCAGAAAUUUCGGAAGGGAGAGUCUGCUAAAGGACACGCUCAGGUACUACCGGAACAAAAGCGGGCCGUUUUCUAACAUCCUCUGCAAUGGAUUUAUGGGCUUCUUGCAGACGAUAAAUGAGACCUCCAAGGGAAACAGGCCGAGCAUGCAAGUGUAUCACCAGUGCGCAGCACUAGCGAUCCCCGUGGGCGAUACCGUCCCAGUCAUCAUAUCAGCAACGACGAAAAUUAGUCGGCAGGCAGAGUGGAUACAAGUGUUAACGGAAACAGGGUGCAUGGUUGGGCCAGUGCUGUUGCUUCUGCAGCCGCGCAGUAGGGGUUGCGUCGAGCUGCGAAGCGCGAACCCGCACGAUGAUCUGAUCGUCAAGGCCAACUACAUGACGCAACCCGAGGACGUGGAGACCUUACUGGAAGGCCUCCAGCAGGUGGUCGACGUCGGCCUGCGGACCCCCGGCGUGCGAGGUGUUCGCCACGUACCACUGCCACAGUGCUCCCACUACGGCGCCCUCACUAAGGACUACUGGCGCUGCGCCAUGCCUUUCGUGACAUCAUCGGCUAUGCACCCGGUCGGCACUUGCGCCAUGGGCGCCGGAAAUGACGCAGUCGUCGAUCCACAGCUGCGGGUGCGGGGCAUAUCUGCGCUGCGCGUCGUCGACGCCUCGGUCAUGCCAGCUAUCGUCAGUGGCAACACCAACGCACCAACCAUUAUGAUCGGAGAAAAGGCUGCAGAUAUGAUUGCUGAGACAUGGCGCGGACGAAACUGA